AUGGAGGAAACUCAAUCUCUUUUGAACUUAAGAAAGUUUUUGAUAUCACUUCCAACCACUCUAAAUUGUGAAUACAAUGAACCUGUAAGUUAUCUAGUCUGGAAAGUUUUAUCUGAAUGUUUGGACUCUAAACAGAAUGGAAGAGAUAUUGACUGGGAUUAUUAUUCAAAGUUGUUAGGAUCAAAAAAUUGGAUCAAUGGUAAAUACUCAUCAGUUUUAACCAAAAAUGAUUGGAAGACGACAACAGAGACACCCACGGAGAAUUAUCACAUUGGAACAUGCUGUAUGAAUUUUAAUUACCCAAAUAAAGUUGUAUAUUACUGUUUAACAUGUACGUUGAAUCCCAUUUAUGAGAUUUGUGAAGCUUGCUUUGAUGAAUCUUUGCAUGUAGGUCAUAGAUUUACAAAAAGAGUGGUGACAAGACCAGAAGGUAAAAUUUGUCAUUGUGGUAAUUAUAGAGUCUUCAAGAAACCAGAAUAUGCAUAUUAUUGUAAAAACAAAAUGAACAAUACACAAAAGACGACAAAAGAUAAAGCACAAUACAAUAAAUAUUUGGUUGCAGUAUUUAAUGAAAUUUUGGAUUUUAUGAUUAACGUAACAAUAGAUCAUAAAAAUUCGUUAAAUAAUGACACAUAUUCUAAGGGUAAAGAAAAAAUUAACUCUAAGUCUCCCGCUAACCGUGACAAUAAAGAGAAUAGCAGAGAAAAAGCUAAUUAUAAUACAAAAGUACGAUACAAUGUCGAAGAUUAUAUAAAAGGAAUAGAUUGUGAAAAUACAGUUACUGAUACCGAAUCAACGAAGAGAGCGAAUCAGAAUAAUUCCAAAAGGGAAUUAUGGUCUUUACAACUUGAUCAAGAAUCAUGUAACAUGACAUAUGCAGACUUAGCUAGAAAACUUUCUUCUCUAUUGAGGAAGCCGAUCAAAUAUGCAAUAAGUAUUGCAAAUGAACUAGGGAUUGGUAAAAAAUCAGUAACACUAUUAGUUUCAGAUGAUCUAAAUAAAUUACUCGAAUUACAAGAUAACUUCAGAAGUCAAAAUUUAAACUUAGAUUUGAAAAAGUCAGUUGACAUUUUUAAACUUGACUUAAUGGAAGAUCUAAACCAUUAUUUGUAUAAUUUACUCAAAAGUCGAAAAACAGAUCAUGAUCUCAUCAAUGCAUACAGGUUAUCAUUAAUCGGAGCUUUUAAUCAAUAUAGUUUAUCAAUUAAUGAUGAUAUAUCAAACUUAACUUUGGAUACCUCUGGAAUAAAAUUAUUAGGAGGAUUUCUAGUUUCAAAUUCUGAUAAGAAUUCUCAUUUUGCAAAUUGGAAUUUCAAAUUUGAGAAUGAUCUAGAAGUAACAAAUAUCAUGUGGAUAUAUGAUAUGAGAUUAGCUAAUUCGCAAUCAAUUGCUGGUGCAAUUGGACGAAAAGUUUUACAUGGAUCUAGAUUUCAACACCUACUAACGAACUGCACGCGAUUAUUUUCAAAAGUAGAGAGAAGUCACCUUCUAAAAAAUAUUUCCUUUGCCCUUUCCACAAUAGAUCACAUUAGAACUUGCUUAUGCGCUCAAUAUAUUGAUAUAUACUUGACACUUACUUAUCACUUAGUCUCAGCAGAUUCCACAGGAUUUACAUUAAAUUUAAUGACUUUACUUUCCCAAUAUACUUAUCAAGACCCAGAGAUGGCAAACAUGAUAUUAAGAUCAGGGUUCAUAAAUCGUACUUUAAGGUACAUUUACAUGAUUAUGGAUUUUAAUCCAGAGGAUUUAUUAGAGAAUUUACCUGUAGUUUUACCAAAAGAAAUAAGACUACCAAAAGAUUCCUUGAAAAAUAAUAAGAUCAUCUAUUUUUUUAAGGAUUUAUGUAUUUUAUUACAAAUAAAUACAAUUGGAAGAGAACUCCUCGAAGAUGAGACUAGCGUCAAAACUAUAUUUGACUGCAUUUCACAAUUUAAUAAUAUUUUACCGCUUAAAAGAGAAACUUCUCAACAUGUUCAAUAUGAAAAUUUUGACUAUUCGUCAUUUUAUUUUAUAUAUUUGGCUAUUUCUAUGUUAGCUGAAAACUUUAUAAGAUCUUUCACAUCUAUAACUGAUAUUGAAGUGAGACAAAAACUGAUAAAGAACUUCACAACUUUAGUUAUGGAUAUGGAGCUGAAAAACCUGUAUGAUUCAAGAAAAAUGAUUUUAUCACCAUCGCCAGUAACCUAUAGUAAUGGCAAUAUUAUGGAAAAAUUGUCAUCUAUAUUAAUUAAGGAAAAUAUCUGCGGUCAUUAUUCUGAUGUAAUAAACUUCAAAGUUGGUGUUGAUACUCAACAUUUUCUAAACCCUAUGUCAUAUUUAUUUAAAUUUAUCAUUCAAUGGAGCAUAUGUGGUAGAUACACCGAAUUAGAACCACACAUCAAAGAAUCUAUUAAUCUUGGCGAACUUUUUGCUGAUAAACAAAAAUGUCUUUAUAUUUCAGAAUCAGCACUCUGUACAAUGGUAUUGGUUGGUCAAAUUAAUGUUGGUUUUUGGGUAAGAAACGGUGCUCCAAUUUUACACCAGAUGAAAAUAUAUACCAAAAAUAACUUAAGGGAAUUUACUUAUUUCUCUGACUUAUUCAAUAUACAAUUCAGUAUGUGUUACGCAGAUGCAUCUGAUUUUAUGGUAACAUACUUAAUGAGAUGGGGUUUGAAAAAUUGGUCGAAUGGAAUUCCAAUAGGAGAUUAUCCUGAAUAUGAGACGACAGUACAAAUAGUCUAUCAAUCUACAUUGUUAUUAAUACAAUUAUUGACUGAUGUAAGGGCAUUAAUCAUGUCAUCCUCCAUGGAUGGGUUUGACAAGACAAUGAAAAACGAGAUUAUACAUGCUGUAUGUUUUCAACCUUGCACCUACAACGACAUUCUAAAUUCAAUUGCUGAUUAUAUAACCAAACAUCCAUCAUUUGAUUUAUAUUUGAAAGAAUUUACAACCUAUUCUCCACCUUCGGGGUUACACGAUGAGGGGAUCUUUACAUUAAAAGAAGAAUAUAUUGCUGAUGUAGAUCCUUAUUACAUCGGUUUAGCUCAAGGAAAGAGGUACGAAGCUGAAAAAUUAAAAAGCUUAAACACUAGUAAUGAUGGGAACAAUGAUUAUAAAUCUACCUUUAUCGCAGCUAAAAAUGUUAGCCAUUUAUUAAAAGGUUCACAGUUCUCGAAUUUAUAUGCUAUUACUAGCACUAAUGUAUUUGGAAUGUUCUUAAAAAACACAUUAGAUUACAUUAUUAAGAACAAACAUGAGCAUCUACUACAGGUAAUUAUUCACUUGAUACAUGUGUGUGUUGUAAAUAAUAUCGAAGCGUUCAUGAGAAUAUUCUGGAGGGAGUACGCCAUAGUUAAUCCCGAAUCAUGUCAUUAUCACAGUAUUGGAUCAAAUCUGUAUUAUUUUCUUUCUCAGGAGUUCUUUUCCAACAGUCAAGGUGAAAUUAGAGAAAUUUUUAGAUAUAUUUCGAAAGCUGCUCCACACAUUAAUAUAUAUGGAUACUUACAAGAACAAACACCGUCAUUUAAGGAAGAAAUUUUAUGGAAACUUGAUAAAGGUAACGUAGCUACAAUGUCAGAAAAAGCAAAGAAAAAAGAAAGGGCUAAACUAAGACAAAAAAAGUUACUUAAAAGGCUAGCUAAGCAACAAAAAAAAUUUAUCGAGAAUAACGAAUCUGUAGAAUCAAGUAAAACAGAAAGUAAAAACACAUUAAUUGAAGAUUCUAGCGGCUAUAGAUGGGAGUAUCCGGAUGAUACUUGUGUAUUCUGUAAAAUGGAUAAAGAAGAAGAUAUUUUAGUAUAUUUAUGUUAUCAAGAGGAAAAUAUUCAUAAUAUUGGAAUAAAUUUUGCGAAUAAACAGGGUGUAAAUGAAUUAUUCACUGCAGGGAAACAGGAUAAAACCAACGGUUCGCAUAACAAGGUAGGACUGCCUUCAAUUUCAAUCGCUCAACUUGGUGCGGUUUUGAGAACUUGUAGUCAUGCAUCUCAUGUAACAUGUUUAGGAAAUCACAUGAAAAUAAUCUGCUCAUCACACAACCAAACUACCAGAAACAUUCCGUCUUCUUUUGGGUUUGGCUUAUUGAACUGUCCAUUGUGCAACAGUCUCUGUAAUUCUUUUAUUCCAAUGACAUGGUCUUCAAAUAAUAGAAAUCAUGAAGAGUUUUUAGAGGGUAAAUUCAAUGGUCUCAUCAAAAAUUUACCUAACUUAUCAUCAGGAUUAAUUUUUACAAGUAUUAAAUCUGCACACUUAUUGCUUGAUCUUUGUAAUUAUUCAUCAGGAGAACUUUCACUUACUGACAUGAUCGAUACUCUAAUUGUUAAUAACACAUCAAAUUUAGAAUUGACAAUUAGACAUAAGGUAUUCAAUAAUCAGAAUUACAACUUACGAGGUAUUAUUAAUGACCAGAAAUUAUUAGCAUUACAUUUACUUGCAGAUUUGAAACUGGCUAUCUUAAAAGGAAAUCAAUAUAGUAUUUCAGAAAAUUUUACCAUUCAUGAUAGGAAAGAUUUCUCAAAAAGAAACAUUGAUGACGAUUUGUUAAUUUAUGGUGCUAAACUUUGCUCAGGUACAGUUAGGCUUUACAAUAGUGAUCACUCUAAUCAAAUAAAAGAGUUGCUUAAAAGACAAUUACACAAAGAAUUUCUAACACUUACUAGAGAAAUUUUACUCUCUAACGUAAUAAUAGAAGAUUUAACAAAUUUAUCAUUUAUUCCAAUAAAUAGUGCUUAUGAUACGGGAAGUAACUAUAUGAAGGAAGUUGAUAUAACUAUAAAAAUAUUCAAGGAAUAUGUUACUUUAUGUCAUCCAAGUGUAUUAUCACAAGAAUUGACUAAGUUUGAUAAAAUUAACUUUCAUAUACAUCACAUUAUAAUUAAUUCAUUGGCUUUAUUCUUGAGGAGAUUAGCCAUUAUAUUUAUGGCAUUUUUUUCAACCUGGAACAUUGAUUACAAAGGUGUUAUAGAUUGUGGAGAUUAUAAAGCUAGAGAAAUAGAUAUUUUACUGUCUCAAUUCAAGCUGAAUAAACUAGAAACUUUUUUGUCUCGUUAUUGCUUUCAUGACAUGGCAGAUUUUAUUGAUUUAUCUCAAGAAUAUUUAUUGGGUAAUAAUAUACUCAAAAUAGAAAAUCAUGGAGAAAAAGUGAACAAUAUUGAUAAAGGUGACAAUUAUAACUUAAUCACAAAAAUGAACAGUUCUAAAAAAAUAAAUAUUUUUACUUCAUUCAUUCCUCCAAAUUUAAUUACUUUGCCAUAUUGCUUAUCAGAUUAUCCGACUAAUGAAGAGGAAGAGUUAUUACAUCAUGCUCUUAAUGAAGAACUUGGAUUUUGUUUAUUUUGUGGCACUAAGGUCAUUAUACAAAAAUUAUCAUCAUUACAUGAAUACCAGAUUGGAGAAUGCACCAACCAUCUCAAAAAUGAAUGUAAAAUAAAUUCAGUAUACGGUGCAUUUAUUUUAAUCAAAAGUAAUACAAUAUACAUUUCCUAUGGUUUAAGAGGGUCAUUUUUACCUGCUCCAUAUUUGAAUGAACAUGGCGAACCAAAUAAGGAUGUAAAAAAUGAUACACUAGUGUAUUUUGAUAAAAAUAGAUAUCUAUAUUUACUGAAUGAAGUUAUUUUAGGCAAUACAAUCCCGCACAUUAUAUUUAGGUUCAGCUCAGGUAAUUCAGAUAUCGGGGGUUGGGAAUCGAUGUAA